UUUAUGACGUAAGGACCCCCUCCCUUCUGUAAUAUCACGUAUAUUAGGUAAAUAAUAACUGAUUAAAAAUAACACCUAUAAAAUAUCGAGUUUCGUAUGGUAACAAAAAAAAAAAAGUGGACGCAGUUGCAUAGUGUUUUAGUUCCAUGAACUUCUCAACUCCUCCAAAAUGUAUUCGACGAAAAGUAUUUUUUUCGCAAGUUCAGUGCUGCUUUAUUACAUGUUCUCGAAUUUCGUUUCAGCUUCAGACUGUGACGACUUCGCCAUAGGAUGCUUACCCAGAGCACCUCAACCUUUGACAGUUAUCACUGCAUUGGAUGAAAUGUUCUUAUUGAAUCGAACAAAAACUUCGGUUGAAGUUGAAAUCGUCGCCAAAACUAUUGGGCACAUUACCGGAGGUAUUUUUGGAGAAAAUUUGUAUAAAUUUUUCAAAUUCAUUCUUUACUGGUAUACUCCGAGAUUGGAUUGUUACUCAUAUUAUACUGAGAACUUUCUGAAAGCUCGAGUUUCUUUUUCCAACAUAAGAUAUGGAAGUGCCAUUGAAGCCAUAAACCAUCCCGAUGGUAUUGUUGAUAUUUUAGUCCCCAUUGCAGCCAACGCUCCUAUCGACAAUCCUCAAUUUGCCCAGUUCGAAAAAAUAUUCCAAGAACAACUUAAAAAUCCAGGAGACCAAAUCAAAGUGAAAAGUGCAUCUACAUAUAUUUGGUUCGAUCAUUUCGGUCCAUCCAGCGUUUAUAAAACGUUCAAAGGAACCUAUAUCGAUGACCUGACCAGUCAAACUUAUCCAUGUACUACAAUUGUCGAGUUACCACCGGAUCCAUUUGUCAAUUUUAUAUCUUACAAACAGUACAAGAAUACAUUUGGUUCGAUUAAGGACAGUUUGGGAAACCCUUUGAACAAUCCGAUCCCUGAAAUAAUACCUUUAUCGCCACCAACGACACAAUGUGGAGUGAAUGUAAUCAAUGUACCAGUUCUUUGAUCGAAUAAUAAAUGUGAUUUUUUUUUA